AUGCCGCUUCCGUGGAACAAGGUGAAGAGCACAAGAAUUUCCCAGCUGGUGAAUGGUCACUUGCAGAACUCUCAAAGAAGACGUGGGGACUCUUCUCUUAUGGUGGAGACUGGGUUCCCCACUUCCCUUGUGGAUUUUUACAUCAAGAAUCGAGAAAAACUGAAAAAACCAUCGAAGAAAAAGAGGGAAAAAUCAUCUUCUACGAAGUUUGAUGAUGCAGCGAUUUCUCGAUCCUCGCCAUCUCCUAUGCAUUCGCCUUCUCUUGAUCCCUCUCAUACUUCGCCUUCUCCUGAUCCCACUCCUCUGGCUUCACCUGUGCAUAGUCCAUCGCUUUUGGCUUUGACUCCAGAGUCAACGGGUGAGAAUGGUGGGGAAGAUGUGGGAAGUGGUCUUAAGAAGGGCGUGGAUACUAACAGGAUUUUCCUGGCAGUUGUGAAAAUGUUUCUUGUUGUGGUUUUGGCUUUCGGGUCCAAGAAAUUCGCUUUUGGGUUCACGGCAUCGGCGUUCUUUUUGUUUUUCGUCGAUUAUGUGUUGAAACACUUGAUUGGAUUGUUGAAGCCGUCUUUAGAAGCACAGAAGGGGUUAAGAUUGAGGGUGCAAAGGGUUUGGAGAAUUUUCAGUUUCGAAGAGGACAAGUUUGUUUGGAAGAAAGCUGGUAUUGUGAAGUCGGAGAUACAACAAGUGGAGUGUUUUAGCCCGGUUUAUUCUGGUUUGAAGGAUUGUGAAUCGAGUUUUCGAACUGAAGAAACUCAAUUUGUAGGAGAAAAGUGUUAUUUGCCCCGUAUCAAGGAAAUUCUGCGCGAGGAGAUAAUCGAAGAGUCUGGCUAUGAUGGGGAUAUGGGAUAUGUAGAAAUGGAUAGACAAGAACCAAUGACUGCAUUGUCAGGACCGGAGAGAAAGAAGUCCAGGAGGUCAAAGAUAAAAUCGAAAAUGAAGAAAUUAAUGCCAAAGAAGUUUCGAAGUUCAAGGAGAAAGGAACAUUCUGAAAGUAGUGAAAUUUGUCCAAUCAAGGAAGAUAAGAAACACUCAGAAAGUGGUGAUAUUAGUCCAACCAAGGAAGACAACAUUGCUGUACGUGAAGAACAAGAAGCAAAUGCAUACGAGGAUGUAAGGGAAUUAGAAAGUCAUUGCAAGAUGUCUUCUUUAUCAAGUGAAUUGUAUGACAGGGAAGAUUUUGUUGCUGCCGGUUAUUGUAGACAUGAAUUGUCGAAAGGUAAAGAGGCGAGUCUAAAUGGGGAACAGGAGAGAACAAAAGAGGGACAGAUUUGGAUGUAUUUUGUACCCUGUUUGAUUGUUCUUAUUGGACUUAUUGAGGGUAGGAUAUUCGCCCUUUUCCUUACAUUAUUCUGGUGCUUGCUUCUGAAAUCAGGCGAAACACUACCUAGAUACAUAAAGGUUCCUAGAAUCUGGUCUUUUGCUAAAAUAUCUAAUUAG